AUGCCCGACGGUCAUGGCCAGCGUUCAGAAAUUAAGCAGAAUACCGGCGCCCGCGUCGUUGAUAAAAUGGACGAUGACAUGCCAUUAAAUGCUGGUUCGGCCAGCACGCACACGGCAGAAAAUGCACUGGGCAUAGUGACCACGCCAAUUUCAGUCCACCAAAGACAGCAACAGAAACCGGUCGUCGCCGGUACACCAGACUCCGCAGUGCUUGACCGCAUGCUGGAGCUUGAGAAUGUCAUCGCGACUGUCAAGUCAUCGCUCGACAACCACGCAUCAUCGUACUAUUCGGUUGCUUCCCAAAUAGCAGAGUUGAAUGUGCGUAUUGGGCAUAUGGGUGUAGCCAACCGGCCUGCGGCAGCAGCCAGCACACGCAUUAGCAAUAUCAUUCAAAUAAGCAGCGGCAACGGCAGCAGCAGCGGCAAAGCCAGAGACGGCUACGACAGGGCCGCUUCUUUUUCCGCCUUAGCAAAGGACAACAGCACAGCAAGCAAAGACUUCUCCAAGUCCACUAUGGCUGUCGCAACGGUAGAUGCAAACGCAUACGCAUAUGUAGAUGCAAGCGUAGAUGCAGACGCAAGUGACAAGGAGGGAAGUGACGAACACUAUACCCGCAUACAGGAGAUGAUCGACUCGCUGAUCAAGGACGCAGGUUCUGCGCUGAACUCUAGGCCAAACCACCACCAAUCUAUGGUCCCCAACGACUCUACUGACCUGCCACUCUCCUGCGACUCGAUGUGCUCCCCCGAGCAGCUGUCGUCCGUAUCCACAGUGUUUGACGACGCAACUACCUCGUAUGCGUCACCGAGCUAUGCCAAGCGCCCCACAGAAAAGAGCUUUGCCGCAUCAUUGGCUUACAAGGCAUCCGACUGUGCGCCGGAGCUUCAUCCGCAGAGGCCGGUGUCGGCACUGAGCAUGUCGUCCAGACAGUCUCGCCGGCGCAGCCUCAGGCAGCGGCCGCAGACGCCGGUCGGCAAAGCUCGCGCUCGCGCCGACCCCAUGGAGGCCGAUGCCGAGUCUGACAGCGAGUAUGGCUCAGUCAGCGCAGCCAACAACUACAGCCAUAGUUACACGCGCAGCCAGUCCCGGAAUGUCAACCUCAGCCUGCGCCAUAGCCAGUCCCGCCCACAAAGCCGGCACCAAAUGGGCUCUGGCCACUACAGCGACCGCCAGAUGGCUAGCAGCCAGCGCACCCGGAAAUGGAGUGGGCGCUACCGAUCAGACACAGUUGACACCUUUACGACGAACUCGUCGGAAACCUGCGUGUCUCCGAGGAAUAGGAUUUCUAGGGAAUUUCGACACACGCCGAUAUCUCAGACGUACUCUGGGUCACACGCCAUGUCGGAAAGCUUCUACGCGCAUCCAAACAGGCAAUUUGAAGUUAGGGAUAUUGUGGACUACGAGGAGGAGCCGCUGUCACACCAGCCGACAAUGCAACAGGACAUUGUCAACACACGCAGUGGCCAGAGGCACGAGUUCCCCCAAUUUUAUGCCGAAGAUAGCUUUACCACGCGUCAUCAUCAACAGCAGCAGCCUGGGGAUAACAGCCCGCUGUCGGGAAGCAAUGUGCCGCUGAUCCAGCGUCUCCGCAACUCUGUGACGCGAGCGGUUCUCCGAUCGGCAUCGUUUGUUGAUGACAGCGUCAAAGACGACAUUGCGGCCUAUUCGAGCAGCCGCAGAUGCUCGGUGGACAGCGGUAGCGCCCAGCCGCUUUGCACACGCAGCAGCACGACGGCCAGCGAGAUGUCGCCGACCGCUGCGGCAAGAAAAAUGCCAUUUCAUUGGGGGCCGAUGUCGCCGGGCGGACUCGGAGCAAGGAGCUUUGGAACCAUUGUCAAUCCAGUUAAGAGCCCGUCGACUCUGCAAGCAUCUGCGCGCGAAAACAUUCCUGUGUCGCUGUCGCCACUUUGGAGCCGGCGGAAUUGUGGGGGUGAUAGCUCGGGCGAGGUGUCGCGGAGCAACUUAGCUUUCGACAGAAAGCUGGGUGCCUCGCAUCGCGACAGUGCGCACCCCAUUGCUGACUUGAGAGUCAGCAGUCCAAGGCCCUCGGCAAUGCAAAUGAGAGCGGAUAUGGCCGAGUACGAAAUUCGCAGGCCCGAUUCUAUCGAGGAGUACGACAGCAGCAACGAAGACAGGGCGCUAUUGGAAAACACCAGCUCUGGUCGGCAGCUAAUAACCAGCGUGGAAACCAACGAUGAUAACAGCGACAAUUUGUCUGGGAUAUUCGGCAUUGUCAGUCUGAUGUACUGGACAUUACUGUUCACUCUUGGCGCGCUGAUGCUGGACUCGUUUCUUUGCCAGGUUGCGGGCAAGCGCGUGAUGGGCACGGUAGACAAGAUCUCGCAGACUGAGGGCAGCACUGCCGAAGACAAGGAUGCGAAGAAGAAGCAGCGGGAAUCUGGCGGGUUGUCGAAAGUGGACAUUGACGAGGUCAAUGUUGCAAACACUGUUGGCCGCUUUGUGCGCUGGUACAUUGAGGGGCCGGAUGACAUGGCGGGCAAUCGGCCGAGCGCUGCUUCUUCUACUCCUUCCUCCUCUCUGGUUGCUGGUGUUGGCCGUUCGCAGCCACACUCUUUGCGCGCAAGCAGGGCGACGGUAAAGCGCGGGUCUUUCAAGCACGUCGAAUAA